AAAGAAAAGAAAGCGAGAGAGGAAGGAAGGAAGGAAGGAAAAACAAAAGGAGAGAGGAAAAGGAAAGGUGAAAGAAGGCAACAGACGACCAGCGGAAUAUUGUACCAUCUAUCAGCUCCAGCAGCCCUGAUCUCAGCACCUCCCUCCCUACACAGUGGUGGCCCAAAGCAGCCUUCGGGAUGUACUGGCGGAGCCUUUAAUUUCCCACCUCUCUGUAUCUCCAAAGGUGAUCCUGGGACAUAGCCCAGGAGGACCCUGCCUCUUCUUUCUUUGAGCAAAAGAAGCUAGGCGCGCCAUGGAGUUUCGAAAAGAGGAGUUCAAGAAGUUGACUGCAAGGACCCUGGGGCAACUAAACAGGAUCCUUGAAAAGAAACAGCCAGGAGGGGAGACUAUUGAGCUGACUGAAGAGGGUCGGCCCAUCGAGGUGUCUGAGAAGCACCAACCAGUUGUCGACUGCACUUGCUUCGGCCUCCCUCGCCGCUACAUCAUCGCUAUCCUCUGUGGCUUGGGCUUUUGCAUCAGCUUUGGCAUCCGGUGCAACCUGGGCGUGGCCAUUGUCAGCAUGGUCAACAAUAACACUGUUUACGAGGGGGACAAACUCGUGAUGAAGAAAGCUGAGUUCAACUGGGAUCCAGAGACAGUGGGCAUGAUCCAUGGGUCUUUCUUCUGGGGUUACAUUGUCACUCAGAUUCCAGGGGGCUUCAUAGCACAGAAAUUUGCUGCUAACAGGGUUUUUGGUUUUGCCAUUGUGGCAACAUCCACGCUGAACAUGCUCAUCCCAUCGGCUGCUCGGAUCCACUUUGGCUGCGUUAUCUUUGUGCGGAUCCUGCAAGGGUUGGUGGAGGGGGUCACAUACCCAGCCUGCCAUGGGAUCUGGAGCAAAUGGGCGCCGCCCUUGGAACGCAGCCGGCUGGCCACAACGGCCUUCUGUGGAUCCUAUGCAGGGGCCGUGGUAGCCAUGCCUCUUGCUGGCAUUCUAGUCCAAUAUUCCGGGUGGAGCUCUGUAUUCUAUGUCUAUGGCAGCUUUGGUAUCUUCUGGUACAUAUUCUGGUUGCUGGUUUCCUACGAGAGUCCUGCACAACAUCCGACCAUCUCAGAAGAAGAGAGGAAGUACAUAGAAGAAAGUAUCGGAGAAAGUUCCAGUCUUAUGAAUCCCCUCCAGAAAUUCAAAACACCCUGGCGCAAGUUCUUCACAAGCAUGCCUGUUUAUGCCAUCAUUGUGGCCAACUUUUGUCGGAGCUGGACGUUCUAUUUGCUCUUAAUUAGCCAGCCGGCCUAUUUUGAAGAGGUCUUUGGCUUUGAAAUCAGUAAGGUGGGUAUGCUUUCAGCUUUGCCCCACCUGGUCAUGACCAUCAUCGUACCCAUCGGAGGCCAAAUUGCUGACUUCCUGCGAUCACGGAGGCUCAUGACCACCACAAAUGUCCGCAAAAUGAUGAACUGUGGAGGGUUUGGUAUGGAAGCCACGCUACUCUUAGUGGUGGGCUAUUCUCACAGCAAAGGUGUCGCCAUUUCUUUCCUAGUUCUGGCUGUGGGUUUCAGCGGCUUUGCUAUUUCAGGAUUUAAUGUGAAUCACUUAGACAUCGCUCCCCGAUAUGCCAGUAUUCUGAUGGGGAUCUCUAAUGGCGUAGGAACCUUGUCAGGCAUGGUGUGCCCGCUUAUCGUUGGAGCGAUGACCAAACACAAGACACGGGAGGAGUGGCAGUAUGUUUUCCUCAUAGCCUCACUGGUGCAUUAUGGUGGCGUUAUCUUCUAUGGGAUUUUUGCCUCUGGGGAGAAGCAGCCGUGGGCUGAGCCGGAAGAAAUGAGUGAGGAGAAGUGUGGCUUUAUCAACGAAGACGAACUGGCUGAUGAGGAGGACGAAGCUGCCCGGAUGGCAGCUGGAGGGGGUGGAGGAGGAGGAGGUGGGUACGGUGCCACCAAAAGCACCAGUUUUGCUAAUGGAGGCUGGACGGCCGACUGGGACAAGAAGGAGGAAUAUGUACAAGAGCCUGGCAAAGAUUCCUACAUGUACGGCACGCCAGGAGAGCGGGACUUAUCAUAGAGGCACCCAUCCCUCCACCUUUAUGGGAUGCUGAGGCCUUGGUUCAAUCCAUUGGAGUGAGGGGGAGGGAAAGGCCUACAUUUUGGGUGACUUCUCGCCCCACACCCUUCACUUUAGCGCCUCCUCCUUUCCUCCCACCUCAUCCUUAUUUCUGGUGCAAUGGUACAACUGUCUGGACCCACCGAAAACUGCCCACUCCCUCGCGCCUUGGUAACAAGCACAAGAGCACAUGUUCCAGAUCAUCCUCCCUUUCUGCAUAGGCCUCGGCGUGUUGCUGUGGGAUGACAACCAAGCUUCACACCCUGUUCACCACUCAACCUUACCCGCCAGCCUGUUCAGGGCAUUCUAGCUCUAGCUUCCGCACCCCCAAACAAGAGGGUGGGAGUAAAUUCUACAAAUAGGCACGCCCCCCCCCUCCGACCUGUCCCUUUCCACACUGUGAAUAGCUCUGGACCCAUGGCAACAACACUGUAAUGUACUACUUGGGCCUCCCUUAACUCAGAGACCUGGUGAAGCAUAGCUCAGUGGCAGCUUUGCUCAUGGGUGACUCAUGACUAGAAGCCAUAGCGAGAGGGUUGCUGAACUGCAGCCCCAACCGCCCCAUCCUUUUGGGGGGGGGGUGGUACACCUUCCAUUCUCUCCAAGAGCCAACCCCGGCUUUGUUCGUGUCAUGUUCCAUAUUUAGUCUUUAGCUUCGUCUUGUUAGAUCUGAAGAUGAGUCUGCCCGAGGCCUUGGAAGGCUACAGCCUGCCAGUGUAGACCAGGACUGCGGAACAUGUGGGCCAUCAAAGGUUGGUGAACUGCAACUCCCGUUUGGUUCCACUAACAUUCCCAGUAGUGAGGGCUGAUGGGAGUUGUAGUCCAACGACACAGGUGUCCAACCCUGAAAGUAGGCAGUCCUAGGUUCGAUGGACCAAUGACCUGACCACAUUAAAUAGCUUUAUAUGUUCAGUCUUCUUUUCCCCACUGGCUUCUUCCCCAUCUGGAAAGAAGAAAGGAGUUAUGUUACUCUGUAGGUAGUGCUGUCUUGCAUCUCACAGCUGCAUCUCCAUAGACCAGUGGAGAGCAAAUUGUGGUCCUCCAGAUGCUGCUGGACUACAUCUCCCAUCUGCCCUAAUCAGCAUAACUGAUGAUGGAGGAUGGUUGGAUUGGAACUGUGGACAAAGCAGCAUCUGAAAGUCACAAGUUACUCACCUCUGCCUUAGAUCAUGCCUCAGGGCCCUCCAUUUUGGCUGAAAGGUAGGUAAGUCACAGAUAAAUGGUUCUUUUAUUGUUGUUACAGGCCGCCAAAUUCU